GCAUCAACGUCGAAUUAUUAGCCUUCAUUAUAUACCGCACGCAGCCUUGAACGGAUAAAGCCAGAAAGAGAGAUGUUAGCACAACGGGGAAAUAAACGUUUUUAAGGCGCUCGCGUUAGCAGCUUUCUUCGCCCCCACGAAAGCUUCACAGUCUCAACCUGAGCCAGAAACCCGGCAGCCUUCCAGGUACUGGUGCAACAUAGCCAAUGCUUUGAAACUCACAGUAGGCCAACUAAAAAAGAUGAGAAGCACCAACUGCUGCUUUCUAAUGACUACCAGGAGGGUUCAAAAGACCGAUGCAGAGAAUUAACAAAAACGUAGUACUAGGUCUUCUUACUUUGACCAGCUCAAUCUUUCUCCUGUUCCAGCUGUACUAUUAUAAAUACUAUCUGUCUCCAAAGAAUGGAGCGGUUUUCCCCAAGAUUAAAGGGAGCAAAGCAGGACAAGACAAUAGUCAAUGGCAUGUGGUGAGAAAAUUUCUGAACUUGGUGGCCAGCCACAACAUAGUUGUGCAUCUGAUUGAUCCUCUCCUUUUGGAACUAAUUGACCGAGACUUGGAGCAGCUUCAGACCUUUUCUGAUGGCAGUCACUCAGAAUGCAAAUACUUCUGUACCCCACGGGAUUAUACCACCUUUGGACUACUGGACAAAACCUGGAAACUUGAAGUGGGCUUGUUUCAGGCUGCUGAGAGAAUGGGAUUCCAGUGGCUGAAACUUCAGAGUAAAGAUCCACGUUUAGAAGGCAUGGAGGAUCUCUCUGGAACAGAAGUUCCCCUGCACUUCAUCUUCAAACAGGCAACUCAUGCCAUCCAUCUAGUAGUCUUCUAUGAAAGGAGUGGCAACUACCUCUGGCAUGGGCCACUACGUCUGAAGUUGCACAUGGACAGGACGUUUGUGCCUUUCCAGAAGCUACACUUUGGACGCUAUUCUGGAGCUUAUAACAAGAUGGAAUUACUGACUCUUUCCAUUGAUGGAUUAAUAGUCCAGGUUCCAAAAGAGCCAUCCAAGUUCCUCAAAGAAAGGUCUCACUCUCGAUUUGUUGAAUGUCGGUACAAAGAAGCUCGAUCAUUCUUCCAGCUGUACCCUGAUGAUACAUCCCCCGAGGCAGUGGAAUUUAGGAAAAAAGCCAAGGCAUUGCUGCAUCUUGCUGCUCUGACACUGAACACUUUGGGAGUACAAUUCUGGCUGAGUAGCGGGACUUGUCUAGGUUGGUACAGACAGUGCAACAUUAUUCCUUACAGUAAAGACCUGGACCUGGGAAUUUUUAUUCAAGAAUACAAACCGGAUAUUAUUCCAGCAUUUCAGAAGGCUGGGUUACCGCUAAAGCACAAAUUUGGCAAGGUUGAAGAUAGUUUAGAGCUCUCCUUCCAGGGAGGAGAAGACGAAGUGAAGCUUGAUAUUUUUUUCUUCUAUGAAGAGGAUGACCACAUGUGGAAUGGAGGAACCCAGGCCAAAUCGGGCAAGAAAUUUAAGUAUUUCUUCCCCAAAUUUACCCUGUGCUGGACUGAGUUUCUAGAACUUAAGGUACAUGUGCCAUGUGAAACCCUCCACUAUAUUGAAGCCAAUUAUGGUAAAGACUGGAAGGUUCCUGUCAAAGUGUGGGAUUGGAAAAAUUCACCCCCCAAUGUCCAACCUAAUGGAAUCUGGCCGAUCAGUGAAUGGGAAGAAGUAAUUCAGCUCUACUGAUUUAUUUGUAAGAUGCUGGCAUCAGAAGAAUAUUUAUUGAUAGUUGCAUCAUGUCUCACCUAGAAAUCAUCAGCAUUGGGAUGCUUCAUAGAUUUGCCACUGUUUCGAUGGUACAAUGCUUGUGGAAAUUGGUGCACUGCAUCAUGGCUGGGUCUGGAUUUGAAUUUGAAGGAGCUGCUGCAGCAGAACCUAUGAAAUGUCAGCCUCAGGAGACACAAAGCUAAGAAUCACCUGAGGCUGAUCAAACAUAGACACUACCUGAAUAGCUGAAACUAUCAGAUGAUGCAGAAGGCCUCCAAGCCCCCAUACCUGGUGAGGAGAGCAGAAAACAAAGUACAGGCUUCAAUGAGACUCCCUGUCAAGCAAGGGAGUAAAUCUCUUGAUUAAAGGCAGCUGGCUGCAGCCUGAUUACAAGGCAACCCAUUAUCCCUCAUUGGAAUCAACUGUUAGAAUUUCAGGAGUAGAAUUUCACACAAACAUCAUGCAAAAGCUGGAGAUCAAACAGUUGAUUCUGGAUUCUGGACUUCUGAAUUGACUGACAACAAUGACCUGGCUCUUGGAACUUUGGACUGGAUUUUGACUAUUCUUCUGUCUUCUCCUGUUAAAGAAAACAUAUUCAAGCAAGCUUCUUUCAGAGGCUCUAUUUCUGUUUGCAUUCCUUGUCUGCUGUUUUCUCCUCAACUUUGAGCAAAUUGCUAAUUUCCAUAACAACUGUGUGUUGGGAGUGUAUAAUUGAAACCAGAAACAGGACACACAGCGUCAGGAGUUUCUGUAGCUGAAGAUGGAAGAAUUCAAAAAGCGUUUUGUAUAUAUGUAUGCUUGUAUGUAUAUAUGAAAAUGAACAGUGGUGGCUAUUUGGAUGUUGUGUUAUGGCAAACAUGCUUACAGCAAGAAAGCAAUAUUAUAAAAACUGGGCAGAGAAGAUAUCCUGGCAGAUAAUUAAAAAAGAAUCUUUGUCAAAAGGGAGAAAACCAUACAGGUAAUCCUUACUGGCUGUCCACAGUUGGUGGUCAUUAAACAUGAUGGUAAAAGGUAAAUGACCAUGCCAACUUACAACAUCAGUUCUGGCUGCAAUCAUUAAAUGAAUCGUGCCUGCUUAUAAGCAUGACAUCAUGUGACUUCAAUUUCCAACUUCCUGCUGGCAUUCCCAUUGAAGUUGCUUGUUGCAGUGUUUGUGUUGUAAUAAUGGGGGGUGUCUUUGGAUUUUCAUAAUUGUAUAUUUUAAAUUAAUUAUGAUGACCUGCUAAUUAAGGAGAUUGAAAUUGAAGAAAAGUAUCCAGCAAAUGAAUUGUUAAAUGAAACAGAACUAAACCUGUGAAAGAGUUUUCAUAGCACAUAAUAUUUACAUGUGACAUACUACUUCCUAAGGGCAGUUCUAGCUACAGAUAGUCCUCGACUUAUGACCAUUUGUUCAACAACCUUUGGAAAUUACGAUGGUGGCGGGGGGCCCAAGUCCUUCUGAUCGAAGCAUAAAUAAACAAAAUAAAAUAAAAUGAAUAAAUAAAAAAUUUAAAAAGCAAA